CUUCCUAUUCAAAGCGAUUUGUUUCUAAAACAAUUAAACAUAAUAUACCAAGCAAAUGCGACUAUUCAUCAAAGCAUUCAACCCCUGACACAUGUGAAUACGUUUUAGAGGAAUAUCUCUGUAUCAAGAAUGAGACAAACUUGCCAACCGAACAGAUGUAUACAAACUGUGAUCCAAUGUGACACCAGCUAAUCGUAAUUCAGAGCGAACUGGACAGAGAUUAAACAUGCAAAACAACAACAACCCAUCACGUACAAGUGUACUGAAGCCCAGAAACAAAUACCUUCAGUGUCACGAUAUGGCUGCACUUUUCAGGCUUGUAUAAAAUUUACACCUGUGAAGACCAUUCCUUAAUACAUGCUUGAUUGGUUUAUGAAGCGGUGAAUGCUUCAUCCAGUGCAUACCUUCCUGUUCUCAAGUCUGUUCGGCCAUAACUUGUGUUUGGAACUUGCAAAGAGGUUUUCGAGAAUCAUGGUAAUCAACACACAUCAAUCCAGGGGAUAGACUGUGACUUAGAAUAUGAUUCAAUUAACGCACGAAAUGACAAUCUCACAGGGCAAAUCGAAGAGGCUUAUCGAGUUUGGUGAUUUUGUAGCCUCGUCACACCCAAGAGACGCGGUUAGCCCUAACCCAGGAUCUCAACGGGCGAGAAGGUUGUAAAUUCUCCAUUUCUUAGGUAAAAUCUUGCCAUAGGUAAGGUCAUCCUUAUGCAUGCCGUAUGAUUGUAAGGAUCUUACGAGGUUGAAAUCAUUCUGGUGCACGAAGGAUUUACUUUCACUGAAGGAUUUGCUUUUUAUCAAAGUCUUGCCUUCCGAAAUCGAACCUUACACUAGGAUUGGCUUCGUAGGCUAAUGCGCCAUAGCUGCUCUGUUAUGUUUGAUUUGUGCAAUCAAAGUUGCAGGUGGAAUUCAAAAAGGACGAACGCCAAUCCGUGCGUGGGAAUUCGAAAAUUCGCGGGGCCGACAAACUUUGACUGGCUAGCAGUUACUUCGAAAGAUCCUCGGAUAAUUUUCAGUUGCCAAUUUUUAGGACCACGGAUUGGAAUUCCGAAAUCGAAAUACUCACCGGGUUUAGUUUCAUUGAAAUCAUCGAAACUCUGGCUCAAGGAUCGUACGCCUGUAUUGUCGAGUCUGAGGGUCAAUGUUGUUGUGUUGUGUGGUGUUGACGAUGUCCAAAUCCUUCUCCUUCCUCUUCCCAUGUACGAAUUGUGGUAGUACUUUCUCCAACCGCAAUUCCUUCUACGGCACAUGCAUUUCGUCAUGAGGGAAUCGUUGACAGCCUUAAACCUUUCACAAGCUAUUCGCAAGACGCCACCCGUGCAUCAAAUGUCUUUGAACGAGGAGACACUUCGGAAGAAUGCGAGAACACAACUCCUUCAAUAUUGAGAUCUCUACCCUUAUCUCGCUUUCUAUCUUGCAAAUUUGAUUCCAAGAUCACAUCCUCACAUUUUCGGUUGAUAACUGUGCAAUCAAAUCCCAAUUGCUUGUUCCGUAGAUUUCCUGAUUCCCCUGCAUGACGGAAAGAGGAAGCUGUCGUAAGCUGGCGUAUUUAUAUGGGAGGUUCGAGUACUGUGGUGCUGAAGAUAAACACGCCUUGAGACAGAUUUUCGUUAUGCGGCUCAGCAUUGCUAUUUGAAUUGUUUCACCGAAUACACAGUUCGGCAAGGAUGGUUGGUUCUCGCUUGCGAACAUGCUCAGUACGAAGCAAACAACUGCGGUGUACCCGAAAUUGAGGGCCGCGACGAAACUGGAACUGUUGAUUAAAUCCGCAUCGAUAAGCGGGGGAUGAGUAAGCUCAGUGAAGCAUCUGGAAUAGGAGAUCCGAACCUGGGUAGCACAGAGUCAUCAGAAGUCGCACCAGUUGUCGAAAUUAAUACUCCACGCUGGUUUUUUCAGCGACAAGUCCUUCGCAUGGACACAUACAACUCCUUGUUUCGUCUCUUUCAGACAACCUAAGCUCCUGUAGCGAUUAUCGAUUCCAGAUGCUUCCAUUUGACAUUACAAGGCGAUCACAACGUCGUCACCCAGUGAGCAGGCCCAGAGCCAUGGCGAUUUUCUCCGAUGUGAUGGAUAUUAUUUGGUGUUCCAGAACGACCCCGCAGGACUCCAAUGGCCGUCACAUUCUCGGUUUGGAUCCAGAAAUGAGGACGUUUACGAUAACCAUGCCAUCUGUAGGUGUCUUUGUCUUCGGCGUUGCAAUAUGCUGUUUUUGCUGCUUCAAGUAUGGCCUGCAACGAUGGUAUGACCGAAUCACAAUGAAAACACGAACGAAAUCCAAACAGGGUAUCACGUACUCGGCAUCACUUCAGCGAAAAAAACAGCAGAUAGAGAAAGCUUUGAACAAGGUAACGAAGCUGCGACAAGUUGAGCCAAGUCGUAGAGACCUUAAAUACGAAGCUGUAGCAUUGAAAGAAGCCAUUAAGAUGAUCAAUGAACACCUACGAAACAGCGAUCGUUAUUCGGAUUUCUGUGAGAGAAUGAAGCGACCCGGCAUCGAUUCCGCCACGAACAGGAGGGUCUCUUUCGACACACGUGAGAGCACAUUCGUGAACCCAAUCUUCAACGCCCAGCAGGCGAUCGAUAGUGGUUACAUGAUCGACCUUAUGAAACAGGAGGAGAACGAUGGCAAAGGCUUGAGAAGCCCAGGCAUUUCUGACGAAGAAUGUCGUAACCCUAAGCAUAAGGAGUUGGAGCUUUACUUGCUGACAACUGGAGGGUCAAUACGUCCAUCCAUGUUGUGGUAUCCAGGGUCAGUAGCUGCAAGCCCCACCGCAUAUUUUCCUCCCUCUUCAACCCUGUCAUCACCAGGAUCACAGGUUUCUCCGCUUGGAAGCACAGAAAGUGAUCACGAAGUCGGAUCGGCCAAUCUUUCUACCCUUCAUCAAGAUGCAGCAGGGGAGAGCACCACAUUGACCCAGAACGUGCAAAUGCAAAACGUUGCACGGCCUGUUAUGCCGCAAACUUGGCAAUUACCAGCUCCCUACGUCGUUCAAAACUUUGACCCCUCAUCGAGCAUUGGUCCGAAAUUCGAUCCUGGUCCUGCUCAAGGAUCAACUAUCGGUGAUAUAUUUCCAGGAUCACAGCCUAGAGCAAGUCCUUAG